ACACGACGUCCUUGACCAUCCAUCCAACGGCAUCCUUCUCCCCUCUCUGCCGUUCCAGAUUCCAAAAACCCACCACGAGGCAAGGCACCGCUCUCGCGACAGGCGUCAAAACAGGAGCGCCUCCACCCAAACUCCCCAGUCCCCUACCUCCGCCUCCAUCUCCGCGCGGCGCUCGCAACCGCAUCCCCUCGACGGCGCGGCGCGAUGAUCCAGCUGCUGUUCACGGUGCUCGCAGCGGAGGCCGGCGUGGCGGCGGCGCUUCUCUUCAAGACGCCGAUGCGGAAGCUGGCCGUGCUCGCGCUCGACCGCCUCAAGCAGGGGCGCGGGCCCGUCAUGGUGCGCACGGUGGCGGCAACCGUCCUCGUCGUGCUCGCAUCCAGCGUCAACAGCAUGGCCAAGAUCCGCGGCCGCACCGCGGGGGAGCUCGACGGGGCCGCCGGGGGGCUCACCCCUACAGACCAGGUCCUCCUCGCCCGGCACCUCCUCGAGGCCUCACUCAUGGGGUACUCCUUAUUCCUAGCUCUAGUCAUUGACCGGCUUCACAACUACAUCAAAGAAAUACGAGGGUUAAAGAAGAGCUUUGAGGUUAUCUCGAAGCAGAAUAUGGCGAUGUUAGAGGAAAACAAGCAUCUCCAUGAUCAGCUGCAGCCAGCAAGCCUCACGCAGUCACCUUCUGAUGCCAAGAAGGAUACUUAGUAGUUAAGUAUGAUAUGCACUCAGGAAACUCCUUCCCUCGUGAAGACUGUUGAUAUCUGCAUAGGAUGUUGGUUACUCGAACACUCUGAACCUCUUACCGCUAGGCAUCUGGCCUAGCACUCAAUGGUGUCCAUCUGUAAAUACCUGAUGCUACAGCUGUUCAACUGAAUAUUAAUCAUGUCAUCGUGUGAUUAAAUUUCAGAAUGAUAACAUGGGGAGUUGUUCUUGCCGUGA